UCCAAGCAAUCAAGAAGGCAAUUCCUUUCAUCUAUCAAACGUUUUCCCCUCUUCAGGAUAGCACAGGGAAUGGUGGAAAAUUUGAAAGACUCAUAACUACUCAAUCUGCGCGGACAGAACUGUUUCGUCCUUUGUGGACUCAUCAGCGCAGCACUAUAAUUAUUAUAGAGUUUGUAUCUAGCACACUUAGUCUUUGUUAUUUCUGGUGCCUUUCGAAAUAUUCGAAGAGGUGGGAUUGUGCGAACAGGCUGAAAAUAACCGGCACAGGAGCCUUGCGUCCCGACUGCGGCAAGAUGUGGAUCAUGCGGGAUACUUUACUGAUCCUGGCCCUGAUCUCGUGUGUAUCUGCCAGCGUUUCAGAAGAAGAACAGAACACUUCAGGUAGAAAAGCCCUGCGUGCCAAUGCCAAUGAUGUGUGUACCAUUGUGCCUAUACGCGGACGGCGUGACAGGCAGGUCUGCACUCACCAGCAUCUCAAAGCCAUCAUCUCGCAUGCUCCGCGGCGAGCGAAUCGAGAAACGUACCACCUGAACAUCAGCCACAAUGAUAUUGCUAGCUUCAAGCCACGGAAUUUCAAAAGGGUGGGCCAGUAUUUGAAAAUCCUGGAUUUGUCGCACAAUCAGCUCUCAAUCUUGGAAAGCAACAUAUUCAGCGAGCUGGCCAACGUCUCCCACCUUCUCUUGCACCAUAACAACAUCACAUUGAUAGAUUAUGCUGCUUUCAAUUCAUCCGGCCCUCGAAGAAUGCAGCACCUGAACCUUGGUCACAACAUGCUAUCUUCCCUUCCUGCCAAUGUCUUCCAAUCAAUUAAAACUCUACGGACACUAUCGUUGGAUCACAACCUGCUUUCUAGCUUACCAAAUGACAUUUUCCGACCGUUCACAAUACUUCGGCAGCUGUUCCUGAAUCACAAUAGACUAGCGAGCUUUCCGAACAGAACCGUGGAAACGUUGAAGAAGCUAGAUCUCUCUCAUAAUCAGUUCACCUCCAUCGAGUCUCUCCCACGUUUCCCCUUUGUCAUUCAUCUAGAUAUUUCCCAUAAUCAGAUCAUAGACAUCUCACCAACCUUCUUCCAUGAGAAGUUUCCAAUCCUUAAGCAUCUCUCUCUAGGUAGCAAUGCAUUUUACAGUUUGUUCAUCAGUCCUAUUAAUGCAGACUCACCGAUACCGUUGCCGAAUCUAAUAAGCUUAGAUAUGAGUGAUUCGUACCUGAAUCAUCUAUUUAUUGCCUUUCAUCCUGGCUUGCCAAUCUUCAAAUACUGCUUCUCAGGUUGUGGUUUAACCAAUCUACCGGCAGUGGGACAGCGUAUGGCAGUAGCAACCUUCCUAGAUGUUUCCCGCAAUCCUCUCCUGCCAAAUGCCCCAAUGGUUCUUCGGCACUGGUCUCGCUUAAGGACAUUGAACAUUGCAGAGACAGGCCUAACGGAUCUCAACUUCCUGAACAACACACAUCAAGGCCUCAUUGACCUCAACUUAUCUGGCAACCUUGUGGAGCCGGGAUCACUUAGCCUGCUCAGUCGUUUUCCCAACCUUACCAAUUUACAUCUGAGCAAUAUGGGACUUUCCCUUUUGCCACAAGACUUCUUGGGAACUGAUCGUCGUCCAUACAGCCACUCUCGCCUACAAUAUGUAGAUCUGAGUGAUAACGAGUUGAUGGAACUACAACCCAAUGCUUUUGAUUUGAGCUACUUGGCAAGUCUGAAAAUUCUUAAACUGAAUAACAAUUCCCUGGUCAACAUCUCUACAAGCAUCUUUGGUAAACGUGCAUACUCAGCCAUGCGGGUCAUCGAUUUAAGCGACAACAACCUUGUGACACUUCCCUCAAAUCUUCUUCAAUCUACCUUGCAUUUGGAAGAAUUCUAUGCUGACCAUAACCAGAUCACAACUCUUGGAGCAGACCUGUUCAGGGGACUUUCCCUCUACAUUCUGUCGCUGAAGGACAACUUACUGCAGAACCUUCCAGCAGAUCUUUUCAAUGCUUUCUGGAUGGGCACUAAUGAAACAGACCCUGGUAUGCUCCAGACGGGGCUGUUCAAGAGGUAUCGUCCCUACUUGGAACGUGUGGACUUCUCGGAUAACCCGCUCAACGCAAGCUCAUCCACGUGUCCUCUGGCAGUGCUGGUGGAGAUUGUUGAGCGGCGUUUCGCGAUCCGAACGAACUACACCAAGAACACGUUCCUACGCCACUUCGACGAUAAGCAGCACGCCGUAAAAGAUGAGCUCACAAGAAUGCUAUUUGACUAUCCUUGCGGGCAAACACACAAUGGCGUCCGUCCGAUAUUGUCGUGCAAUUCCCAGGGCAAACAGGUCUGCCUAGUCAGGCGUCAGGAAGGCCAAAGCCAGUCUAUAAUAGCAUGCGGCGGAGACAGCGGCAUCUACCCAAGAUGCAAAUUCAAAGUCCGUGCGGAGACAUUCCGUUGCUAUUGGCGGAACUUGACGUCUGCAGCAUCAACAAAACGUGCGUCAUGCAUGACCUGGCUACCUACAGCAUACAAUACUACAUCUGCAACGCUCAAGCAGUCAUCAGUACUCCCGGAACCACGAACAACACAAGAACCGCAAGCAAACGAUGGGCAGUCUGAAAUGCAGAGAUCAACAAGUGCCCAGGCUUUGCAAACAACUCUGGCUUCCCAAACAAACCAGGCUCCUCCAGCAACCCAAGCUUCUGAAACAACCCAAACUUCACAAGAAAACAACUCUUCGGAAACAACCCAAGCUUGGCAAACAACCAUGGCUUCUGAAACAACCCAAGUUUCACAAGAAAACAACUCUUCGCAAACAACCCAAGCUUGGCAAACAACCAUGGCUUCUGAAACAACCCAAACUUCACAAGAAAACAACUCUUUGCAAACAACCCAAGCUUGGCACACAACUAUGGCUUCUGAAACAACCCAAGUUUCACAAGAAAACAACUCUUCGGAAACAACCCUUGCUUCACAAGCAACCCAAGCUCCUCAAACAACCCAAGCUUGGCAAACAACCAUGGCUUCUGAAACAUCCCAAGUUUCACAAGAAAACAACUCUUCGCAAACAACCCAAGCUGGGCAAAUAACCCAAGCUCCUCAAACAUCCCAAGCUUGGCAAACAACCAUAGCUUCUGUAACAACACAAGUUUCACAAGAAAACAACUCUUCGCAAACAACCCUUGCUUCACAAGCAACCGAAGCUUCGCAAAUAACCCAAGCUUGGCAAACAACCCCAGCUUCAUCAACAACCCAGGCUUUGCAAACAACCCUGGAUUCGCCAAAAAAUCAUGAUUUGCAAACAACAAAGGCUUCCCAAACUACCCACUCUUCAUCAACAACCCAGGCUUCGCAAACAACCCCCGCUUCGCAAGCAGCCCAGGCCUCUCAAACAACUCAUGCUUUGCAAGCCAUCCAUCCUUCGCAAACAAACCAAACCUCGCAAACUACCCAAGCUUCACCAAUAACCCAAACUUUGGAAACAAGCGAAGCUUUGCAAACAAUCCAGGCCUUGCAAACCACCCAGGCUUCGCGAACAACCCCUGCUUCGCAAACACAUCACGCUUCACCAACCACCAAGGCAUUGUCAACAGCCCAGGGAUCACAUAAUGACCAGGACAAUUCCACAGCCCAGACUCUAAGCCUUCAAACAAAAACCCAGGUAAUACCAGCAAGACCAGUGGCAACCCCAGCUGUGAUGGCAACUGGAACAAACCAAUCUGGAGAAAUCCAUCUCCUAUUCACAACCCAACCACCAACAACAUCUGCUGUGCUUCCAACAAACUCCCUGUCCACGGCGCAAUCUUCCACACCCGCAACCUCGGGCGGAAAUCUUAAGGGUCCAGCUGUAGCGACAAAUGCAAGUGAAGACAACGUGAACAGGGAUUUCAACAAGUCUGCAAACUCCAACUCCAACGCGGAUGUACCUUAUGGCUAUUUUCAGGUGUUCGGCUCAGUAACCGGCUCAGGAAACAUCAUUACAUGUGCUGCUGCAUUACCCCUGAUAUGUGCAUGCAGCGCAACCAUAUUUGUCAACUACUGGUUAUAGAUUGUUACCCCCAUAUCCAUAUUACCCCAUGCAUAUUCCAACUACAGAUACGAUGUACGCCCUUGCUGAGCUGGUAUGUUUCUGCUGCAUACUACUUGUGUGUGCUUGUCGACAUGAUCGCCAUCUUGGUAUGCCUCAAUUCAAGUCGUGGUGUGCUUUUCCUUAUUGGGUAGCUUUAGAAAUUCCUACUGCUGUGCUAGUUUGCAGUUGUUGUUCUCAUCCUUAGGAUUUUCUCUAUUCAAUUCGAGUGUCACUUUUGGCUAGACUAACUGUGCCGAACUGGUUGCAGUGGAAAUCAGGUAGCACCGGCGG